ACCAUAAGUGCCUGGUUUUUUCUGUGUGUGUGUGUGAGAGCCACAGCACAGACCUUGACAAUACCCAAGAGGAAAAACAUUACUGCGUACAGUUUGAAUCACUGAAGGGGCAUUUUCAUAAUCUUUGAGCUGCUAAAGGUGUGACAGGUUUGGGACACUGAUGGAGUGCCACUCCCUGGAUUUAUUUUCUGGUGAAGACAAUGAGCUGGAUUUGGUUAAGGUUGCUGGCAAGAGUUUUGGUGUGGAUGAAGGAGCUGAUGCUUUAAAAAUUCAUCUGCCAGGUGAAUAUGAGAAAUCGAUCUGCCAAGAGAGAAAAGAUGAGUUGAGGAUCAACAGUAAGCUUGACAGUGACUAUGAAUUUGCAAAGUCGAACAACAUUGACCAACUAAACCACGACUUCCAGAAGAUUUUGGAAGUGAGGCAGAGGAGGAACGUGAGGAAGAUCUCUGAGCACAAACAACAACAGCCAGCACCUGAGAUAGUGGCUGAUUUUGUUGAUGAAGAGGACUUUCUGAAAGCAGUAGUGGAAAACAAAUUACCAGUGGUUGAGAGUUAUCUCGCCAGGCGGGCAGACCCAAACGCAUGCGAUAGUUUCAACUGCACAGCUCUCCACAGAGCAUGUUCUCAGGGGAAUGUUGAGAUUGUGAGGAGACUGCUGGAAGCUGGGGCUUUAAUUGAAAACAAGGAUAAGCUUGACGCCACUGCUGUUCACUGGGCCUGCCGUGGAGGAAGCCUGCCUGUUCUCGAGCUGCUCCUCAACCACAAUGGCAACAUCCAUGCCAAAGACAAGCUCCAGAGUACUCCUCUUCAUGUGGCCGUGAGGACAGGCCACUAUGAAUGUGCUGAACAUCUCAUUCACUGUGGUGCCGACGUCAACGCCAAAGACAGAGAGGGAGAUACGCCAAUGCAUGAUGCUGUACGGCUGAACAGAUUCAAAUUUAUCCAGCUCCUCCUGUUGCAUGGAGCCAAUCUGAAAUUGAAGAACUAUGAGGGUAAAUCACCAAUGGACAGCGUUUUGAAGUGGCAGAAUGGAGCCAAAUCUAUCCUAGACAACUAUAAGCACAGUAAAAACUCACAAGAAAAGUAAAAAGAUGCAGCAACAAGUUGUACAAGGUUGUUGAGCAGAAAGUGAUUCAUUUGGUGGGCUGCCUGCUACACACGUUGGAACGUCAAGCAAAAUGUGUUGAAAAUAUUAUGUGAAAAUGUGAAAUAUUUUAUGAGGGUAUUGUAAAGUACAGUGAAAUAUCACUAAUAGACUAAUUUUGAAAAGAAAUGCAGGCUUGAAGUCUAUUGUUUGCAGAGCAGUUUUUGGCAGUUCUAGAUUACAAAUUAAUGACAUGUUUAUUCCUGAGGAUUUCUCUAAAGCCUAACAAACCAAUAUUGGGCUUAAAUUGUGUGCCUUGUUUGAGUGUGCGUGUGUGUGUAUAUAUAUAUAUAUAU